CGCGCGGCACAUUGUUCACUGCAUUCUACUCUGACCUCACCGGGAGCUCUGCCUUCUCGCCAGCGCCGUUCGACUCACGGGUUGCAAGCUACCGUUGAGAAAUGACGGCAAUAACACGACUGAAAACGGCGAGAAGCACGUAGUGUGGAUGGUAAGAGAAAGAAUUAAUAUCACGUCGUUGCCCAGUAUGCGCUAGAAACAGCGCAACUCGGACCGAACGAUUGACUAUAUUCUCUCCCGGUAAUCAUUGAUCUCCGAGGGAGCUCAUCACGUUCUGUCCUCGAGGACAUCGACGGCGUCGUGUUUUUCUGCUGCUGAUAGUAUGACUGAGUAUAAGUUGGUGGUGGUGGGUGCUGGUGGUGUGGGCAAAAGUGCACUGACCAUCCAGCUCAUUCAGAAUCACUUUGUGGAUGAAUAUGAUCCCACUAUUGAGGACUCCUACAGGAAGCAGGUGGUGAUUGACGGGGAGACGUGUCUGCUGGACAUUCUGGACACUGCAGGUCAGGAGGAGUACAGCGCCAUGAGAGACCAGUACAUGAGGACCGGCGAGGGCUUUCUGUGUGUGUUCGCCAUCAACAACACCAAGUCUUUUGAGGACAUCCACCAGUACAGGGAGCAGAUCAAACGGGUGAAGGAUUCGGAUGAUGUGCCCAUGGUGCUCGUGGGCAACAAGUGUGACCUGCCGGCACGCACAGUGGACACGCGCCAGGCCCAGGAGCUAGCCCGCAGCUACGGCAUCCCUUACAUCGAGACCUCUGCCAAGACCCGACAGGGAGUGGAAGAUGCCUUCUACACUCUGGUGAGAGAGAUCAGGCAGCACAAACUGAGGAAGCUCAACCCACCUGAUGACAACGGACAGGACUGCUUUAAGUGUCGCUGUGUAUUGUCAUGACCAGCCAUCACGGACCCCCGCGGACCAGAGUUUUGGAGCAAAGUGGCUGGAUGGACCUCACAUGCCGCACCUCCGGUGAAAUACUGCGGGAGAGGGGGGAAGCUUUUCUGCGUCGCGCACAGACGCCUGCAAGCCUGAGUCUGAGUUUGAGUCCACUCGCCGGAGGCUCCCACUGCCUUCAGUGUUGGCCUUGAUGGGACAGCAGAGACUGACGCACGGGAAUCAGGCCUAAACCACUGUAGUCUCAUCACUGGGCUGGCCAUGGCUGAGCCACAGAAUACAACACUCAUAUUUGAUUUGAUUUGAUUUGAGGUGGACUUGUAGAUGGGAAGUCAACGGUUUGUUGUUUGCCUUUAUUUUUUUUAAUUUUUUUUUUAUUGUAUUUGGAAGAAGAUGGUCACACUCUACCACUGAGGAUGAUUGAUCUACAGUGUAAUAAUGACCAGCUGCUCCAGAGGUGAUCGUGUAUGUGCGUGUGACUGUGUGUGUGUGUGUGUGUGUGUGUGUGUGUGUGUGUGUAUAUGCGUGUGUGUGUGUGUGUGUGGGGACCAAGUGCCCACAGGUCUCUCUCUCACACACUAGAGCAUUAUCCCUAAAAACAAGACAUGCGGUGAUUGUUAAUAUGCAGUGAGUUAAAUGUAAGUCUCAGUGCAAUAGUAUUUCUUUUUUUAUACUUAACAAAUUCAAGGUACAGUGAGUAGUUGAAAAAAAACAUGAUUUGUUGUUGUCUGUACACAAUGCCUUGUGGGAAAUGUAUUGAAAUGCCGUCACACAAAGCCUGCAGAGACUGAUCACCAUCUUAGAAGACUUCUUAUAAUGGGUGGGAUAGAAGUGUGUGAGUAUUUUUGGCACACUGACCACCCACCAUCACACACUACUCCCAGAAAUCUCACAAUGCACUGAAAGGCUGGUUAUCGGAAUAGGUGGUUUACUAAUACUGGAAUCUAAUUAUGUGGAACUUUUAUCACCAUCUAGGCAUUGCUGGUUUUCUUUUUUUACGAGUGCCUGAGUUGAGACCUUGACACAUGUGCAGUCCCCUUGUAGGGACAUACACGGAGGAGCUGUCAUGUUGGGCAGAAUCUAGUGAAGGUUUUCUGAUGCAGCCAUCACUGUGCUAUGCAUAGGCUCAGGAUGAAUGUGGAUAACGUGUGACUGCAUUGACAUACAGUACAGACCUGACAGUGACUGUAUGGAUACUUUUAAUAGUAGAGGAGUGUUAGAUGUACUGUGUGGCUGUUUUUACUGUGCCUCUUUCUUGGUGUUAUGAGUGUCAGAUGUCCCUUCCUGCUCUCCAUCCCUGAAGCACUAACCAUCUCCAAUUGAAAAAAAAAAAAAUGACAAGACAGAAAGAUUUGCUUGGAUUGAAGGAAUAAAAUGGUUCUGUUGGUGUUUUUGACAGCUGGUAGUGCCGAUAAUGUCUACCCUAAUGGAAAGACAUUCUCUCUUUCUCUGUCUCUUCUGCAUGGCAGCCCAGGAAAAGUCAUGGCUGCUUGUUGUUGGAUUUCACUUUGUCUGUAAAGCCCACUAGCGUACCAUGAAAGCAUUGAGCAGUGGCUGAUACAAUGUCUAUUAUUAUUAUUAUGAUUAUUAUUAUGAUGAUUAUUAUUAUAAUGCUAUCUAGGAUUUUCUGUGGUGCCGGUACUGGUUAACAUCCUGUUGUAAGGACAUUUUCAAAGUAGUCAUUUUUCAGGGAUGGAUUUAUUGUUACACACAGGAGUAUGUAAUGGGAGACAACUGAGUGUCUAACUAAUGCCAUUAAAUAGCACGAACCUUUAAAAAUUACAUAAUUUUGCAGAGAUUUGGAACUGUCAUUUCUGCGUGUGCUCUGUGAUGGUAGAACAAUGUCAUUCCUUUUUAGGAUUAAUUAGCAAAACCAUUGUAAACAUAAAACCUGUGUUCAGUUUCUCAGAUAUGCCAACAUUCACUUAUUGUCAAAAAUAGGGGUUUGUCUUCAAAUCUCAUUGUUUAGACAACCACGAGGCCAGAUUAUUGACUUCUUUACCUCCAAAUCUAGUGUCUUGGUAUAAUGAUCUGCUUCACAGGGUGUGGUGUGUGUUGUGUGCGUGUGCGCAUGUGUGACAUUGCUUGAGUUCUUCCUUGUUCAGGCAGGUUCCCUGUAUUUCUUGAUUCAAUGAAGAUGGUCAUUGUGAACCCAUUGUACUUCCUCCUGACCAAACAACAAACCACCCAUUUGAAAUUAGAUUUUUUUUUAAUUAUUAUUUAUUUGAUUAUUUUUAUUUUUUUGUCUAAUGAAAUUGGCCACCUCUGAUCAUAAAAUGUACAAACAACAUUCAGUAUAUUGGAUAGUAUCUGGCUAUUGCUUUCCAAUACAAUUAUUUUGUAUUGCGUGUUUUUGUUUAUUAUAAUCCUUAACUUUGAAUUCUAAAUUACUUGAUGAACACAUUUUCGACAAGGUACACCAUGCAUUUUUAGAAGCAUUCAUUGUGUACCAUCAAUUUCAAUGGUCACUUAGUUUUAGCAUGAUUUCAAAAUCAGAUGAGAUUUGACUUGUGAUAGAAUUUAAAAAUAUAUAUGUAUUGUACCUCUAUAAAACAGAAAACUGCAGAUUCUUAACUGUGAGUGUAUUGGUUAAAUGUGAAUAUGUUCCUCUGUGUUUUUAAUAAUGUAUCUACAUCAUCAUGAAAUUGAUACUUGAGUGCUUUUUUUUAUUACUUUAACCAAAUGUUGGAUUGCUUUAAGGAUCUGUCAUAAUGAAACACUUUGUUAUCUUUCUUACCCAUCUCUAAGAAAUGUGUUUGCUUUCCUUUUGUGCCAGCGCUAAAAAAAAAAAAAAACUGUUGAACUUUAUUUUAUUUUUUUUUAUUUUUUUUGAGGUUGGAAAAAAUGCCCCACUACCUACUACUGCAUCUGCUGCUAUGAUCAUCUGCCUCAACCUCUGAGUGGAGAGCAGAAUAAAAGGAUGUAACU